UCGCGCCCCGACUGCGGGCUCCGGACGGAGCUCUUUUUCAGUUGCACCGAAAACUGUCUCCGCCGCCGCGAUUGGCCGCGGGCACCGGAAGCGCUUGUGAAUCUGCAGCCCGGGGCAAGGAUUGCGCCGCGAGACGCGCGGAGGGGCCAGCUGCCCGCGUUUCGGUCAGGACUGGCGCCCAGAGGAGCCCGGACCGCGGCAGCGAUGGAGGGGGGCGCAGGAUCCCGGACGGCCAGCGCGCUGUUCGCAGGGUUCCGGGCCCUGGGGCUUUUCAGCAACGACGUUCCACACGUGGUGCGGUUCAACGCGCUGAAGCGCCGAUUCUACGUGACGACCUGCGUGGGCAAGAGCUUCCACACCUAUGAUGUUCAGAAACUUAGUCUGGUGGCAGUAAGUAACUCCCUUCCACAGGAUAUCUGCUGUAUGGCGGCUGAUGGGAGGCUAGUCUUCGCUGCUUAUGGGAAUGUUUUCUCUGCGUUUGCCCGUAAUAAAGAGGUAGUACACACUUUUAAAGGUCAUAAGGCAGAAAUCCAUCUUUUGCAACCCUUUGGGGAUCACGUUAUCUCUGUUGAUUCUGACAGCAUUCUUAUUAUUUGGCACAUAUAUUCAGAAGAAGAAUACCUGCAAUUGACUUUUGAUAAAUCAGUAUUUAAAAUUUCCACAAUUUUACAUCCGAGUACCUACUUGAAUAAAAUACUUCUCGGCAGUGAACAAGGAAGCCUACAGUUGUGGAAUGUAAAAUCCAAUAAACUUCUAUAUACGUUUCCAGGAUGGAAAGUUGGAGUGACAGCUCUCCAGCAGGCACCAGCUGUGGAUGUUGUUGCUGUUGGUCUUAUGUCGGGUCAGGUUAUCAUUCACAACAUUAAGUUUGAUGAAACAUUAAUGAAGUUUCGUCAAGACUGGGGACCUAUUACUUCUAUUUCAUUUCGCACAGAUGGUCAUCCAAUAAUGGCAGCUGGAAGCCCAUGUGGCCAUAUUGGACUCUGGGAUCUAGAAGACAAAAAAUUAAUCAAUCAAAUGAGAAAUGCACAUUCUACAGCAAUUGCCGGACUGACAUUUCUCCAUAGAGAGCCACUUCUUGUCACAAAUGGUGCUGACAAUGCUCUCAGGAUAUGGAUAUUUGAUGGUCCCACAGGUGAAGGCCGGCUUUUGAGAUUCAGAAUGGGACAUAGUGCUCCUCUUACCAAAAUCAGAUAUUAUGGACAAAACGGACAACAAAUUCUUAGUGCAAGUCAAGAUGGAACUCUUCAGUCAUUUUCCACAAUACAUGAAAAAUUUAACAAGAGCUUGGGACAUGGAUUAAUAAAUAAAAAGAGAGUCAAACGUAAAGGACUUCAGAAUACCAUGUCAGUGAGACUUCCACCCAUCACAAAGUUUGCAGCUGAGGAAGCUCGUGAAAGUGACUGGGAUGGCAUCAUUGCUUGCCAUCAAGGUAAGCUGUCUUGCUCAACCUGGAACUAUCAGAGAUCUACGAUAGGUGCUUACUUUCUGAAGCCAAAAGAGCUGAAGAAAGAUGACGUAACUGCAACAGCAGUGGAUAUAACUUCUUGUGGAAACUUUGCUGUAAUUGGUCUCUCAUCAGGAACUGUAGAUGUAUAUAACAUGCAGUCUGGUAUACAUCGAGGAAGUUUUGGCAAGGAUCAAGCUCAUAAAGGAUCUGUUAGAGGUGUUGCAGUGGAUGGAUUAAACCAGUUAACAGUUACAACUGGUAGUGAAGGAUUACUCAAGUUCUGGAACUUUAAAAGCAAAAUUUUAAUCCAGUCUAUGAGCCUCGAGUCAUCUCCAAAUAUCAUGCUGCUGCAUAGAGACAGUGGCAUUCUGGGACUCGCCUUGGAUGACUUCUCCAUUAGUGUUCUGGACAUAGAAACUAGGAAGGUUGUCAGAGAGUUUUCUGGACACCAAGGCCAAAUAAAUGACAUGGCUUUCAGUCCAGAUGGCCGUUGGUUAAUAAGUGCUUCAAUGGAUUGCUCUAUUAGAACUUGGGACCUUCCAUCUGGGUGCCUUAUAGACAGCUUCUUGUUGGACUCAGCUCCUCUCAAUGUUGCUAUGUCCCCUACCGGAGACUUUCUGGCCACUUCCCAUGUGGACCACCUGGGGAUUUAUCUAUGGUCUAAUGUUUCCCUGUACUCAGUUGUUUCAUUACGACCACUACCCACAGAUUAUGUUCCUUCAGUAGUGAUGCUUCCUGGUACUUGUCAAAUCCAAGAUGUAGAGUUCUCAGAAGAAACCAUAGAACCAAGUGAUGAAAUGAUAGAAUAUGAUUCCCCAGAACAGUUGAAUGAGCAGUUGGUGACUCUGUCACUCCUCCCUGAAUCACGGUGGAAAAACCUUCUUAAUCUUGAUGUUAUUAAGAAAAAGAAUAAACCAAAGGAACCACCAAAAGUACCCAAAUCAGCACCAUUUUUUAUUCCAACAGUUCCUGGCCUUGUACCCAGAUAUGCUGUACCUGAACAAAAUAAUGAUCCCCAACAGUCUAAAGUGGUAAAUCUUGGAAUUUUGGCUCAAAAGUCAGAUUUCUGCUUGAAACUUGAAGAAGGACUGGUAAAUAAUAAAUAUGAAGCUGCUCUUAACCUUCUAAAAGAAUUAGGCCCAUCAGGAAUUGAAACAGAGCUGCGAAGCUUGUCUCCUGAUUGUGGCGGGUCUGUAGAAGUUAUGCAGAGCUUCUUAAAAAUGAUCGGGAUGAUGUUGGACAGAAAGCGUGAUUUCGAGUUAGCCCAGGCCUACCUUGCCUUGUUUCUAAAGCUACACCUUAAAAUGCUUCCUUCAGAGCCAGUACUUCUAGAAGAACUGACAAAGUUGUCAUCACAGGUGGAAGAAAACUGGAUCCAUUUACAAUCACUCUUCAAUCAAAGCUUGUGUGUUUUAAAUUAUAUAAAAAGUGCUUUGUUAUAAAAGUAAAUUUAAGUGACUAAAUAAAUCAAAGACUUAUAUUGAAUGAGUUCAGUUUAACUCAUACCUUGUUUUCUAAGUUUCAAUGUUAAAAGAAAAUAAAUGCUAGCAUUUCUGACUAGUCGGUCAUUCUCCACCUUAAAUGCUAAAUACUUUCUAGAAAUAAAAUUAUACCUGCCUUUUGUUUUAAAGACUUAAAGGAGUCUGCUCAAAUGAUUUAUUUUCUGAGUCUCUUCACAUCGGUUGCUUGUAUAUGACUUUUUUAGAAUUGUCAUCACCAGCUCAUAUUUUUUGAAUAUCUGUAACAUAUAGAGAUGCUGGGUGUUUCAUAUGAAGUAUUGCUGAAUUAAAUUGAAAAUAAAACUGAUACAUAAUGCAGUUGUAAAAGUGCCUUCAUGAUAUGAAGUUAAAAGGUCUAUUUCCUUCCUUGGUGGCUGUGAUGAAAACAUGGAUCAUGGACUAGAGCUGGAAGGAGUGUCAGACAUGAGUGCAGCCCUGCUGUAAUGCACAAGAGGAAGCUGCUGAGGUCAGCUGGGGAUCUCAAUGACAGAUCCAGAUUUUCUAACACUGCUGUAGUGCUCUUUCCAUUGUAGCCUUUCUAAAGAAGCUUGUUCUUGUAUUAGGAAUGUGAGAGACACUUUUACAAGGCAAAUUGCUAUCAGAGACAGUUGAACAGAUACCUAGAAUAGGUCAAGGAAAUUCUCAAUUCCAUUGAAGAUAUCCUCCAAAGAUUUUUCUUCCCCACUGAUGACCUUUUGAUUUGGGAAGAAACUGCUGACUAUAGUUUUCUCAUAACUAUUGUGAAACCAGAUAGCUCUGGCAGUUUCUCAUCAUUUUCUUUUCAUGGUUCAAGACUAGAGCAAUAUGUGGAUUAAAAACAAGCAAGUUCUUAAAACCACAGUGCUCUGAAAACAGUUUUUAGUUUAUACACGUAAAAGUGUAGUUCAUGAAAUGCAGCUGGUUGUAUUUGAAAGCCAGGAUCAUUCUCAUUAGGAUAAAAGGUUUUACAGAAUGAUUUCCAGAAGGAACAGUCCUCACAAGGAGUUGAUCAGUGAUAACUUUAAAUACCAAAGAGUUUUUGUUUAAUGGUGUAAAGUAGGAUUAGUAAACUGCUAAAGAAAUAAGCCAAUCUAGUUUGUACUCUAAUUUUGUAUUUCCUUUAGAAGUGUCUAUAAACUUAAUAAAGCCACUGACUGAAAUGUUAGUAAUGACCUAAGUUCUAACUUUAAAAACUUUCUCUCUGCCCCAAAUACUGUAUUCUAAAGAGAGGGCAAAAUUCCAACAUACAGUCAUGUACCAUGUGAAGAUUAUAAAUAACGAAAACAAAAAAAAUAAGAGCUCUAAACUGAAACUGUAUUGCUUUUAUAAAUCUUGAAUUUUCUUCUUUUUCAAAUGAGAAUACAGGAGUUGUGUGUUUUGUUUUUAUGGGAGAGAUCUUUAGAUAGUAUUACAGCAUCAUUUUGGCAAGUAAUCUUCCAGAACCUUUGCUGUGUGUUUGCCAUCACAGAAGGGAGGGAGAAAGAAAUACAAAGGAUAAUUUUGUGUGUAUGUUUUUUCUUACAGUGUAUCACUCUGUGUGUCCUGUUUUUCCUUUAAAUUUUAAAUGUAGUAUGUGACAACAUUUUACGUGUUAAAACAUCAGAGACAAGUCUAUUUUUGACCAUCACCUUCAAUCCCAAUAUCCUCCCUAGAAGUAACAGUGGUUCACUUUCCAUCUGGACCUUUUUCUAUGAAUGUAUAUAGAUGUUAUCUAUGCCACAGGAAAUUAAAUGUAUAGUUUUGGUUUUUACAUAAAUUACAUAUAUCAUUCUGCAGCUUUUCUACUUGGUUUUCUAUUUUUCGGUAUUAUCAUAUCUAAUCUCUUUACUUUUUCAGUAUUCCACAAUCUGUUUAGCCUAUAAUAGACACUUAAGGUAGAGCCUUUUUUCUUUUUCCUAAUUACGAACAAUGCUGGAAGAACAUCGUUCUGUAUGACUCUUCAUGUACAUGUAAGGAUUUCUCUGUAGUAUAUGCUUAGGCUUUGAAUAGCUGGGCCAGAGUUAGCCAAUUUUAAAAGAGAUACUUCAGUUGGCUUCCAAGAUGGCUGUUAUCAAUUUACAGUUUCUUCUCAUAUCAUUUUUAAAUUUUUUAUUAAUCUAAUGGGUGGAAAAUUGUUUUUAUUGCUUUAAUUAAAAAGUCUCUACCACUAGUGAGGAUGGGCAUCUUUUCGUAUAUUUAUUUUAGACCAUUUUUGUAUUUCUCAUGUCAAUUACCUUUUCCUGACACUGCUCAUUUUUCUAUUGAACGAUUUGACUCAUGGAUUUGUUAGGAGUUUUUCGUAAAGUUUAGAUAUUAGUCUUCUACGUUCAUUACCAGUGUUCUCUCUCAGUUGGUCACCUGUCUUUAACUUAUAGUAUCUUUUUUUAUAGAUGUUUUAUAUUUAUAUAUAGUCAAAUUAAUAGUUUUUUAUGACUUCUUUUUCAGUGUAUUCUGUAUUUUCUUCUAAGAUAUGUCUCAUGUAUGCAUCCAGAUCUUCAUCUGGAAUUGAUUUUUAUGCAGAGCAUAAGGUACAGAACUGCUUUUAUUAAAAAAUCCAAAAACCACUUAUGGAAGGCCAUUCUUUUCUCACUGAUUUGAAAUGCUGUUAUAUACGUGCUAGAGUUUUUAGUUGAGAUGUUUGAUAUCCCUAAUAAAUAAUGCAUUGAUUUGA